AUGGCAGAAUUAGACAGAUAUGUGCCUAUGAUAGACGCUAUCCUAAGCGUUUCAGAUCCAGAAGAAGUGAGUGCGAAACGGAUACGGAAAGCAUUACAAGAACUAUUUGCGGUGGAUUUAAGUGUUCAUAAACAUGAUUUGAAAGAUUUAAUUGUUUCGCGGUUCAACAGACUACAGGACUUGCAAAGCAAAACAUUAAAACAUGAGGAGCUCAUUGAUUUGGACUCGAAAUUGGCAGCUAAAUUACAGAGUGAAGAAGUCUCCAGCUUGAAGCGCCACAGAAGCGGGAAAAAAGAGAAGAAAGUUAAAGGAAAGAAGGAAAAGAAGAAGAAGCGGAAGACGAGUAACGAGAAUCCAAACAGUAUACACGUAAAGAAUGUUGGAUUAAGCCCAGCCUUACAGAAAUUCCUAAAUGCGGAACAGAUGCCUAGGACUCAGGUUGUGAAAGCAGUAUGGGAUUAUAUCAAAGCAAAUGACUUACAGAAUCCGGAAGAUAGAAGGGAAAUCAUCUGCAAUGAUGAGAUGAGACCUAUAUUCGGAGACAAAAUGACAAUGUUCUCCAUGAAUAAGAUUCUAUCAAAACAUUUAUAUAAACUACAGGGUACUUCUGAAGAUCCUUCUGAGACACCCGAACGACAAUCCGAUAAGGAUAAAGCAGUAGGGAGGGUACGUAACUUUAUGGAAAAUCUUAGGGUGGUUUCUACUUCUUCCACUUACUCCACAAGUUCUUGUGGUGAACCGUUUGAUGUCAAUUCCUUAGAUACAACCUAUAGCAUAUGCGAUGGAGUAGAUGAAGUAUACUCUGAAGUCCUUAAAGUGGUAGUAUUCGAGUACAUUAAUGAACCACGAUUUAGGAGAAAGUGGAAACGGGUCAAUGUCAGCACCUCCAAUAGUGAUUCCCAAAAGCUACGUGCUAAGAGUGGGAACAGGGAAGUUAGUAAUAACAGACUUUCAACGUGGCUUUCCCAUGCAGAUAGUGACGAUGAGGAGAAUGAUCCGUCUGGAUAUAAUAAGGAAUCUAUGAAGCAAAUGCUAAAAGGACUUGAGAGCAAGCUUACCAGGGUUGCAAUGAACCAGGAUGUUAUAUCCGAUGCUAUGCUUCGAAGAAGUCUUUUGAAGUUUUACAAUGACGUGUUUUUGGACUCACAAUUUAAACAAACCUUGGAAACCAUGUCUAAACCUGAAGACUUAAUUAUACUCUUUGUGAAGAGUGCUAAUAAGGAGCUUGUGAAGAUGGAAACCGAGGAUCCUAAAUCUAAUCUUUUUUCUCAAAUGGGUCGUUUCAUCAAUAUUUUGAUAGAAGUAUCGAGAGAUACGAAGAUGGGACCAACUUACGCGAAGCGACUUAACGACUAUAAAAAAUCUUUAAAAAAUACUGGUGUUAGCAGCAAUAACAAUGUUAGCGUUCCGAAUUUACCUAUUGGAACUACAGAAAACGUCACCGCUUCUAAACUUGUUGAUGAUACUCUUCAACCCACAUUUAGACUAGAUGAGAUUACACAUGUUAAGGCACUUGCUAAUAUUUUUAAGGUAGAUGAACUAAGGCUUCAGAGGGAUGUUAUACGUAUUUCUCCGAUAGUGAAAAAUGAUUUGUACUUACAAGAACUGAUAGAGGCUGAGAGAGGUAUCAGGAACGAUGAGAGCUCAUUACAACCGUCUGAUUUCCCUGAUUCCAGUCAAUACGAAAUGUGGAAACAAGCACAAUUGAAAAAUAUCCAAGAUGUAAGGAAUAAAGUGAAACAGGGUUGUGCUGGUCAUAACGAAUCGGGAGCAAGGACAAAACUGACCGAUGAUACCAGGUUAAUACCUGCAGAUCCUCGCCGUAUCUUAAGAUCGCUAAUGUACUACAUCUUUGAGAAUGAUUUUUCUUUACAAAGUUCCGAACAGAACAAAUCAAUUUCUCUAGAUUCCAAGUUCUUUUUAUCUAAAUGCGCCAAAUAUUGGCUGCUAUCUUACCAAAGUGGGAUAUUUACCAACGCAGUUAGCGGUUGCCUUCAUAUAGUACCAGAUCUUGAAUUCGCAGAAAGCUUGAAGAUGAUUCAAUACGUUUUUAAUUUUAUGGAAACAAGACUAUCGAACGAAAAUGAACAGGAACUGGAUCCUAUGCUUUGGAACAGAUAUGACCAAGACCAAUGGACAUGCAACCAGGUAGCAAUCUUCACCUGGCUUAUCAACCAAAUGGACAAAUCCAUCAAGGGAAUGUUUAAUAACAAAGCUAAUGGUGACUUUAACUUAAAGUCUAUCAUAUCUACAUACAGCGCGCUUGUAGAGAAUGACUCUGUACUAAUCAGCAGAAACUUCCAGAAGAGUGAGAUUUACAAGAGACAGAUUCAUUCACUGAAGAAGACUACUUUCCGUACAAUCGAAAAACGGUACAUUGAGUUAAUUAGAAAUGUGCCAACCAAUAAUGAAAUAAGUAUCAGAAACUUGUAUGACUUAGCGGAUGCAAUCCUCAAUGACGUAGCGAUGAUUGAAAUGAAGUAUAAACCAUUGAAAAAACUCUCUGCAAGGUAUAAAUUCGUGCACAUAGUGACCAACACGUUUGUUACCGCACUCUUCCGUGACUUAAAGGUUUUGAUGCAGCGAAUUAAAAAGUACAACAAGCCGAACGAAUCAGAUGCGCUUGACACGUAUAAGUUACUCAACGAACUAAGGUACAAGAAUAGUAUUGAGUCUGGCUCUGAUUCGAACGUUGGUAAUGCUUUGGAAGUGGAAUUCUAUGAGUAUCUUCUUACUUUUUGCGAACAUAUAAGUGAGACGAUGAAACAGGGUUGCGAACGAAUUGUAUCCCAAGAAGAAUGGGUGCCAAUGAAUAAAGAAGCUGAACAAUGGUUAAGUCAAUCUGCCUACGAUAUAGCAAGACUCAUUUCAGAUACGCUACGUUUGGUGGACAACUUACAGUGGAAUGAUUUUGCACAGUUGGCGAGAGCUUACAAUAUAAUACUUGGCAAAGUGAGCGAAUGCAUCGUACAUUACACGAAAACCAUGGAAGAAAUAGUUACGGAGGAUCUCAGUAUGGGAUCCGGUAUAGAUGGGAAUGGAGAAUUGAAUAGUGGUAAUAUGUCGUUAUUCAAGGAGAUGAAAUCCAUGAUUCAAUCAUCGAAAUUGUGGAAUAAGCAAUGGAAGCACGAGGUACAAAAGGAGGAAACUCCAACAUCUGGUAGAUCUUCUUCUGCUACCACUGGCAAUGGGAGCAGCGGAACAUAUGUGAUAUCCAUGAGAAGUUGCGUUUGCUUAAAUAACAUGGAAUCAUUGAUCGUGAUGCUAAACGAUAUCGAGAAGACGUUCCAUAUGAAACAAUUGAGCAAUGCUCUUAGAGCCGAUGUGGCAGCAAAGGCAACUAAUGGAUCUUCAUCUUCUGUGAAUGAAAGGAGGACAAACAAGCAACUUUUGUCUCUAAUUAAGGGCCAAUUGUGGUCGAUUGUCCCUGUAGCCGCCGAAGGUGUUCCUCAAGUGGAAAGUGGACAAGAGGACCCCUGGUACAGCAUUUCGAUUGUGGACACUGCUAAGAGACGCGAGAUAUACAGAACCAGGGCUGCAGGUUCGCCGAGAUGGUGGGAGGACGAGGAGUUUGACUUGGAACUUGAGCCGCAACAGAAAAUGUCCCUAUGUCUUGUGUUAUGGCAGGACAAACAGGACAAGAAAAACAGGAUGCGCAUGUCCGGGACACAUUCGCAUGACCAUGAUAACGGGAAGAAAAAGAACACCGAGACACCGGUUGGUAGAUGCUAUCUAGAUUUGGACAUACCAAGGGACAUGUACGGGACAAACGCCAAUUCGAAUAACAACAACUCGGAAAGAGAAAUGUACCUAUCUUUGUCCUUGGACACACAGGGAUACAUCCAUGUCAAGGUAUCAAUCGAAGUGGAACGCGCCGAGCCCGAUUGUAUCAUUGGAAGGACGCGGAGAAUUGUCGCACGUACGUUGACCCGGGGCUUGAAACAAGUGUCCCACCGAUUUGAGCCUUGUAUCCAUCGGUCAUUUUCGAAAGAGACAUUGUCAGCUCUCAUGAACCAUGUCAACGGACGUAGCCGCCGCCCUGAAGAUGAUGCCAUAUAUGACAGUCUUGUCCCACUAUUCGAUGAUCUAAACGAGAACCUAACUGUUCUCGCGCAGGCACUACCGACAUCCUUGUUGCACGAGGUCAUGUUGCUAGUAUGGCACGAGAUUAUCGUUGCCGCGGAUGACCUAUUGCUUCCGCAGUUGCAGCAAGCAUUGCAGCAUGCAUCCAUGUCAGCCGCAUCCAAUGCACAUAAAAACAACAACAACAACCUAACGGUACCGGGAUCUGUUUGGGACUCGGCAAUUUCGGGCUUCCAAAAAGUACUCCAAACGAAGCCACUCUCGCCAAACGCAUCGGGCGGCUCAAACACCAGCAUAAACAUGAACAACCGCUCCCAUAACGCCAUAUCACAACUGGAGGUUGAAAUAGUGCUCAUGUGGAUGGACAUCCUAUCAAAGGAUUUCUUCCACAACAACGGCGAGGGCCCUCCUUUGGCAGAAUUGAAGAACGACGCGUACCAGAACCUCAUGCUCAUCGCCAGCAUGUUCGAUCAGCCAACCCCCGACUUGAAAGCCACCGUGCUGCAGACCAAAGACCAAUCGGCCUCAUCCUCAUCCGCAUCCGCCUACUCUCUUCGCCUACCGCUCCAGAUGGCCAUCGCCCUGCGUAUCCUUUGGUCACGUGGAGAGUACCAUUUCGUCAGCAAGUUCCUCGAGUCACGUGCAAGAGAAAUCCGUGCCGCGGUAGCGAUGUCCAAGAUCACUCUGAACGACAAGAAAUAG